UAACACUUGCACAUUGCUGGCGUGUGGAAGCAAUGCACAGGAUAGUGAAGGUCUCUCUGACGGUGUUCGGAUGUGUGCUUGUGGGCACGACGUUAUCAGCAUUCGUACGGCUAUUCGGUUCUGUGGACCUGCCUCUAUGGUUGCUUCAAGCGCAGUCGAGCGCUCUGUACCUCGCCCUCGCCUUCAUCGCCUUCGCCAGCGCCUGCUCCUUGGCGUCGGAUCUGUUUAAAACCGACUCUUCUGCCUACAAAACGCGGAGUGACAUCAUGAUCGACCUGCUGACUAACAAGUUGGCGGUGAGCUUUCUCUAUUCUGCUUGUUGGAUCCCCAUUCUGCUCUUUCUUGCAAGCGUCCAGGUCGACGGAUUGCUGGAAGACUAUGACACACUGCCUUUUGCAGUUGAAAUCAUCAUCAGAUAUCACUGUGGUUUCUUGAGGCACAUCCCAGCCACCUUUGUCCAGACUCUCGCUCUGUCUGCGCUCGUUUUGCCCAAAGUCGGGUCCACAAAUUCUGCGGCCCUCGAGGUUAACAGCUGCCAGAGACUAAUGAUGAAAAUGGCCCUCCUCUUGCCAAUUGGAUCUCGCCUAUUUUUGCAUAUUUUUGCGUUGCCCGAGACCGCUAGCUUUCGACAUAUUUAUCUUGGACAGUCACUGCCCCUUUGUACGGCUUGUAAGUUCGAUAGUGUGUGUUUAUUUAUGAUUAUAGUUAGUGGUUGGUCUCUGUAUGUAAUUAAGUCUUACUGUUUGUGUGAUAUACGAUACAAACGGGCACGGUUAUAGUUGAUGAUGAUAGUGAAGAUAAUGG